AUGCACGCAACGAAGCGCAAGUUCAACGCCUUGCUCCAGGGCCUCAGCAGCCCAAGGUCCUCAUCGGAAAUGUUUUCUCCCGACGCCAUCCAUGCCGACACGCGACGCGGCAAUGCCGUCAACCUAUCCCACGACGAGCUCCUCCAAAAACGGCGUCGUCUGGGAUUCCCCGAUUCGACAGCGCCAGCCGCCUACAACCCGUCCCAUACGUCCACCUUGUCCAAUGUCGUCCUGAGACGAUCCACGACUCAGGCUGCUGCCAACAAGAGCAGCGGUACGCUGGCAAAGUACUGCCCCAGCGAUCGGGACGAGCUGUUGAAAAGGCUCGCCACAUUCCAAGAGCUCACCCACUGGACGCCCAAGCCGGACCAAGUCGGUGAAAUUGAGUGGGCGAAACGUGGCUGGGUGUGUCAUGGGAAGGAGACGGUUCGGUGUGUGUUGUGUCACAAGGAGCUUGUUGUCAAGCUAAAUCGCAAGGAGGUGGACGGGAAAGAAGUGCCCGUGCUGGUAUCGUCUGAAAUAGAGGGCACCUUGGCAGACAAGUACGUUGGCCUCAUUGUCGAUUCGCACCAGCAAGAGUGCCUCUGGCGGAAACGGGGAUGUGACGAUUCCUUACUACGUCUAUCCUUUUCAAGCGCUAGAGCUGUGCUCACUGCGUUGCGGCAACGAUAUGACGAACUAUGCUCGAGAUCUGCUUUCCUCCCCUACGAGUUCAACUUGCGGCUCCCAGACAACCUCAAUCUGGAUGGAAUACUGUCCCAGCUGCCACCCACCUUUUUCAACGAAGCUGCCCCGUUCGAAUCGGAGACCUCCCCUGCGUCUGCCGCUCGGCCCGUCAACAGGGCUGCCCUUGCGCUUGCCCUCAUGGGUUGGCAAGGCUUGUCCAAUGCUCGCAUCGGUUCCGUCCCGAACUCGGCAUCAUGCCACACCUGCCUUCGACGGUUGGGGCUUUGGAUGUUUAAGAGCAAGGAGAUUGAUGACAACGGUACGGUGCUCGUCCCGGCACCCAUGGAUCAUCUUGACCCCCUCAAGGAACACCGAUAUUUUUGUCCUUGGAAGAGCGCCCAGGCUCAGACGAGGGACGCCGCGAGCUCCGUGGCCGGUCCCAACUUGGCAGGCUGGAGCACCCUUCUUCAAAUGAUAAAGAAUGAGCAGGGGUUGCGAAAUGUGUACGGGGGUCAAAGCAAACGACUUGGGCGAUUUGUGGCCGAUGAUAAAGGCCCGUCCAGUCCAAGCGCCGGCGUUGCGACGGCAUCGGCGCCCGAGACCCCGGCCGGCCGAGGCAACCCAACCAGUCCGGGCGCGACGGCACAAGAUACAGGCUACCAUAUUGUCGAGGAGGAUGAAAGGGCGCGCGAUGCCAAGGACAAGGAGCGAUGGGCGAGGCUGCGAAAGGUCAAGAGUCUCUUUGAUUCCAAGGGGGUCAGGAAGCUACGGCAUCCCCUCAAGAGACCCGGAACGGGGAAUUCAAGCAACUCGGCCGAUGGCCCCCGAUCCUGA